UCUCGCAGCCCUAAGUGGACACCGGCAUACCUUGACCGACAGCCCGAUCAGAGUCGCUCAGUUUACCGCUGUUCCGCACACGGACUCACCGGAUCGCCUCAGUCAGAACCGAACCAGAAGUGCGAUGAAGCUGCUAGGAGCGACACAGCCGGAGGACGAGAAGCCGAACAGAAAGCUUCUCAAGCCGCUGAUGGAGAGGCGGCGGCGCGAGCGGAUGAACCGUAGUCUGGAGAGCCUGAGAGAGCUGCUGCUGCAGGGGGCGCAUGUGCAGAGUCUGGCUAACCCGCGGGCGGAGAAGGCAGAAAUCCUGGAGAAUGCUGUCCUGUUCCUGCAGCAGAGGAGCGGGGUGGACCAGGAGUACCAGGAGGGGUUCUCCGCCUGCCUGAAGCGAGCCGUGUGCUUCCUGCGCUCCAGCGGGAGAGAGGCGGAGGAGGGAGCACAGCAGAGAGCGCUGGCCGACCGAUUCUGCCAGUGCUUGAUGGAGAGAGCCAGGGCCGCCGGCCCUCUGACGGACUCCACACAGCUGACCAGCGCCCCCUCCAGACAGGGCGGGGUGAGGACAGUCUCCCCUUCCGAGCGACGCCCGGACUCCCCCUGCGGGCUGUCACCCUGCACCGCGCUUGGGGGCGCCGGAUGCCCCUCCACCUCCACGCUGCAUGCCAUGUCUGUUCGCCGGACACCCCACAGAGCCCCACUGGCAUCCGAGGACCCCAACUGUCGCAGGCGCUCACCCAGAGUCACCCGGACACCUGGGCGGACUCUCCCUGAGGCGCAGAGCCCCUCGGCCCCGCGUAACAGCCAGGGCAGCGCAGUGUGGAGACCCUGGCCGUAGACCAGCAGGCUGGAUCCGACGUGACCUGCACAGAGACGCAUGAGGAGAGGCGGCACCUGGAGCCAGGGCCCUGGACGGCUCUCUCUUGUGUUGCUCUCCUCUCGAGUUCCUCCUGCAGAACACUAUUCAGAAUACGAUUCGCUUCUGACCUGCAGCGAGAGCUGUUUGUCCAGAGAUCAGACCUAGAUCCUGUUUUUCCUUUUCCUGUGGUUCUGGUUCUGCAGUGAUUGGAGGGGGGGAGGUUUGGAGCGCUCUGAGCCUGGCCCCAGUUUCUUGAGCUCUGUGUAGCCAAGCAGUAGGCUAGCGAAACGCAACUAUGGUAUUUUAUUCUCUGUGAGAACUUUUCUUUUAGACGUCUUUUAUUUUCAAAUGUUAUGCAUUCAGUUAGAAAUGAUGGGUAUUUGCUGUUCCAGUGUUUCAGUCGGUGGGAUCCAUGGUGGGCAGGAAGGACUGUUGUUUGUAAAGAUGUCAAGAAAGACCUUCUGUUUUUGAAGGGGGAAAUUGUAAAUAUUAUCAAGCCAUCCCAUUCUGAUUCUUGUUUUUCCAAGUUUAGGGUCUUAAACGGCAAGUUUAUUAAUCCCUUAUUAGGCUUGGUAAUAAACUCAUUAAGUAUAAGUGAGCUGAGUUUGGAAUGAAUAUUGAGGGAUCCUGUAGAGCAGCUCUGUAGGAAUGAGAACUGGAGAACCUUGGUGCUUUAUCCUUCUGUACAAUUUACAGGGAGGCGUGACUUUGCCCCCCUGCUCCUGUACCCUUAUUUAUUUUUUUAAGGACGUUCAUUUUUCUUCCCCAGACAUGUAUGUGUAUAUUUUUGUUAUAAACAAAUAAAC